AGCCAACUGUAAGCCUACAGUAUAUACGGAUUACGGCAUGGGAAACACUGCGGUGUGUCAGUGGCGUUUAAUGGUGUUACAUUGCAACGCAAACAAAGACAUUAUUUACUGUCUAUAUAAUAACAAGUGCUAAAUAAUCUUAAAUGUGAAAUGUCUAACGCUAAAGUUAUCAUAGAACUUGAACAAACUGAUGGAACUUAUGCUCCAGGUGAUAAUGUAACUGGCUCAGUAUUGAUUCGACUUGAGCGAGCCACUAAAUGCAAAGGAAUUUCAAUAAAAGUCGAAGGUGUAUGUUCCGUUUUAUGGGUACAGGAAGAAAAGAGAAAAAAUGUUUAUGGACGUAAAGAAAAAUAUUUACAAAAUUACAGUUCCGUCGAGACGUAUUUCGAUCGAACGUUUUAUUUAAUAAGAAGCACAGACAACGAUGAUAUCAGACAAUUGCCCGCUGGUGAAAAUCAUUAUCCUUUUAAUUUUGUCUUGCCACAAAAUGUCCCCUGUUCAUUUGAACAUAAAUUUGGAAGUAUUUUAUAUUUCAUCACAGCGACAUUUAUAGAAGUCACUGAAUUACUCGAUGAAGCAGUUUUAUUAAAUCCAUUUGAUAAAAUAAAAUUAAAAGUGCUUACGCCAUUUAAUUUGAAUCAAAUAUCACGAGCAGCGGUUGGUAUUGAUGAUGAGGAAUACCAAAAUUACAGCUGUAUGUGUUUCAUAAAAAUGGGCUCUUUACACGCUCGUGUAAAAACGCCGAUUAGUGGAUUUAUUCCUGGUCAAACAAUUGAAGUUACUGUAAGUUUCUACAAUGACUCUUCUUCCGUUGAAGUGACAAAAAUAAAAGUGGCUCUAGAAAAGAUUCUCAAAUUUCAAGCAACCAGGCCUAAGAAUAAGAUUAGAAGCGAACGGUCAAUAAUUGGAAAGGAUAAAAAACGUGGAUCAUUCGGUGACAAAAAUGAAGUUAAUUUGUUUAUAAAAGUACCACAGGUGCUGCCUUCUAAUUUAGUUUAUUGCUCUUUGGUGGAAAUUCAAUAUCGACUGAAAGUCAAGAUUGUUUCGUCCGGAACGCAUGGCAAUAUUGAAAAGAGUUAUCCAAUUUUAAUUGGAACCACACCACUUUAUACGACUUCAACGACAAUUGUACCUCUGAUUCGUGUUCAACAUGCUCCAUCAGUUGUACCAUCAGCUCCAGCGAUAGACUCUAUAGUGCCAGUUUCUCAAGGCAACAUGAAUCUCAAUCAUUCUUCGUCGAGCCACCAAGAAACGCCAAUUGUUAAUCAGUCAUUUUCUUUAGUUCAUAAUGUUCAAGAGGAAUACCAACCAAUUGGAUUUGUCUUCACAAAUCAUUUAAAUCACUCUCAGAGCUCUUCAAGGCAACCUGAAACGCCGCCACCUUCUUACGAAGAAUGCACGUCUAACUCGUAAAUUAUAGUUCCUCCAUGACUAAAAAAAAAGUAGUAAAUUGAUUUUACAAUGUGAUAUACCAUAGUUAAUAAGAACUUCACAAAUCAUCGACUUCUGCGAAAAACAUCACACCAUCAUCGUCUUCAUCAUCAAAUUCAAAGAAGAUGCUCUAAACUUUACAAAAAAAAGUCUUCAGUCACAAAAAAAAACAUAUCAAACAGACAAUAAAAGAAGAAAAAAUUCUUAAAUGUGUCUAUGGCACUUUUAUCUUUUUUCAAGAUGUAUUUUUUUACAUCAAAAUCUAUUUAAUCUCUUUUUUUCGAAUUCACAAAAACACUUAACACACAAACAAUCGGUAUUAUUUUCACCAAACUGAGAUUGCUUGAUAGAUUUAGUAUUAUAUAUAAUUAUAUACAUUUUGUCUGUAUAUUAUAUUUAAAAUUUAUACUUUUAUACACCUUAAAAAUUUCACCUCCCAUUCCCAUGUUGGAAGUUUCUAUUAAUAUAACCGCAAAGCUGCAAAACCCAAAAAAUAUAAUUUAUAUUUUACCGAAUCAAUGGUAUGAUAAAAAAGUAAAAUUUUAAAAUUUAUGACGAAAGAAAAAAAAAUGUCAGACUAUAUACUUUUUUGUCGUACCACAAUUCUUACUAUUAAUUAUAAUUCUAUUUCAUGUUUUAUUGAAUAUUUAUUAUUGUGAAUGAAAAAUUUAUAAAUAAAACAACUAAAAAUUAAAUUGUUCUUAUAUUUAAGGAAGGUGUUUAUCCUUUUAUUAUUAUAAUUUCGUUACAGCUCGGAAAGCAUAAGAAUUUAGCUAGCAAAAUUUAAAAUAAUUUCAUUUUCAAAAUUCAAAAUAGCGGAUCCAAUAUGGCGGACAUUUUUUAAAAAAUUGGUCAAAUUCGAUUGAAUCUUGUUACUCGGGUGGUUUUCGAGGUCUUUGAUUACGAAUCUGAAGUCAGAUUUUCAAAAUUCAAAAUGGCGGAUCCAAUAUGGCGGACCUUGAAAACUUUCAAUCGAAUUUGAGAAAUUUCUGAAAAAAUAUGUCCGACAUUUAUUUUAUCUAAGUUGAGCCUUAAAAUAAUAGGAUAGAGAAUUGGUAAAUAAAUUAUUUCAACACAAAUCUUGUAUAUUUACACAAUUUAUUUUAUAUCUCAACAUCUUCAUAUCAUAAUCCUCAAUAUUUAAGUCAAUAGUAAAAGUAACUCUUAACAGUUAAAAGACGAAUCGUGUACUUACAAUAAAUUGAGGAGAAAUUACGAUAUUUCACUUUUAAAUCAUCAUUUUUUUUCCAUUCGCAUUAACAGCGAAGACGAUCCUUUUCUUUCUUUUUUUUUAGGAUCAAGAGAUAUUAAAAAAAGCAAUUACGGAAGUUUCACAAUAUACAGAAAACAGAUUACGUGGAGAUUUUUUUUUUAACAAGUAUAAAACCUGUUCGGCUUUUUGAGGGCUCGCUGGCCGACUCUCGUCUCUAUUCUAAAGAAAAAAAAAAAGAAUUGUUUUAUAAACAAAAUUCACACAUUGCAGAAUCUUCUUCAUUUGGAGAAAAAUGAAAUGUCGAUUACAAAAAGAAAACUAAUUGUUAACUAUUAUGAUAAUAAACUCUUGUAAUAAUAAUUGUAGACAACAAUUUUACUUUUCUCCGCUCGUAACAAAAAUUUUGUCUAUCGUGUCAACUUCUUGAAAAUAUUUCGAAAUUUAUAAAAAAAAAACGAUGAUACAUGAUAAUUUUUUUUCACGUUCUGUGCAACAAAUGUUUAACUUAAGCACAAAAAAAUAAUUGAUUUUUUUUUUAUUUUUUAAUUUUAUAUAAACAAAUAGUUACAAUUAAUCGUUGAAAGAAGAAUAUUCUAGGAUUGCUUUUAAUGUCGAUCUAUGGUUCGUAGAUAUUUGUUUUUUUUUUUAUUGUAAAUAAGUUGUUGUACCCGAGAAGUAAAAAGGAACUGUGCGCUCCAGCUUUACAAAAAAAUUCGUCCGCCAUUAUGUUACAAUAAUAUUUCCCUUGGUUCAGGACAACCAACCCUCAAUAUAUUAUUAUCAUAAAUAAAUUUGGUCUAUCGGUUAUUCUGUCCUACAAAUCGAAAAAACGUAGGUUAGUAAAAUUUUCGCUCAGGUCGAAAUUCCUAUAGUUUAGACACACGAAAAUGAACCUUAAGCUCUAAUGUCACUUACUUACGUUUUUUCGCUGUAGGGUCGUAAUAAUGUCAAUACGCCGGUACAAAAAAAGAAACUGGCAGUAUUUGGUUUAGGGAAAGUCAAGAUUACUGGAAAUAGUGAUAAAAAAUCGAAAAAAGUUUUACAGUCGUUUCUUUUGCUGUACAAUUGAGGUGUUUUACAAUAAGCCACAGAAAGGAGUAUUUCAAGUUUGAUAAUCUUAAAUUUCAAAAAAAAAAUUAACAUCCAGUAAACUUGAAAUUCAAAAAAGAUGGCCUUGUUAGGUAUUUUGCAAAUCUAGUGGCUAUAAACGAUAAACACCCUCAAAAGUUACAAUUUUAUUUGCUUAGAAAAUUUUAUUUUUUCGCAAAAUCAAAGCUUGCAGAAAGGGUCAAAAUUUAUUUUAAAAAAUCAGUCUUUCAAUGGAUACAGUUUAAAUAUCAGGGUUGAUUACUUUUUUCAUCAAGGAAACAAAUAUAAAAAGAAGAAAAACUCUCGCCCCAAGGGAUAAUUCGAUUACUUCCAUCGAUUCGCAAAAUUACCCUGAACAGCCUAUUUUUAAAGUAUUUUAAGACCCACAUAUCUGUUUAUAAAUCCGCGGUAGAUUCGCUUUUAAAAAAAUAAUCAGUGUUAUAGUGUAACAUACUGGGUUCAAGACAGACAUCAACAUUUCUACUUUAGUUGUGUGUACGACUCGAUACAACAUUAAUGUUUUUAUCGAGAUUGAGAAUAAUUUGUAUAUUACAUCAACGACUUCGUUGAUCCAAGUCAUGAACCAGAGAUUAACUGUGUCGUGCACAUGGUUUUUUUUAUUGUGUGGAAUUUCGUGUACUUGUUAUGUGUGUACGUUUACGCGAUCAUUUUUUUUUUUUAUAUCAUUUUCUCAGUCUGCACACGCUCCAAAAAAUAUC